AUGUAUCAAAAGAAUAAUCUAACAUGUUUCUUUUUUGAUCAAGUUAAACCACUAAGACAAGAAAUCAAUAGAAAUAAAACAUCUUUGAUGUAUGAUGUAAACAUUAUUGAAAAGAAUAAAGAAGUACAAGCAAAUGCAGAAAAUGUUGAUUUAAAAAAUAACAAUACAAAUGAUCAGUUGUUAAAUGGUACAAACUGUAAUCAUAGUUCUACGAAGAAUAUUAAUCGUUCUAUAACAUUGACAUCCACAAGAGAAAAACCAACACAUUUAAUAAAUAAGGAAUUAAUUUCAAAACAAUUUGAUUAUUAUACAUGGGUUGAAAUAAGUGGAACAAUUAUAAAAGAUCUUUUAACUUGUUUAUAUCAGCAAAAUUUCAGAGAAAUUAAACAUCCUAGAAUAUUAGAUUAUCGUUUGGAUGAAACAUGGGAUGAAUUGAUUUCGAUGGUGGAUCAUUCUCCAAGAGAUUGGCAAUUGCCUGCAAUUAAAAAUGCUUACAAUCUAUGGAUUCAAGAAAAUCCUCCUGAAGUUGAUGCAUAUGGAAUAAAAUUUGAAUCAACCAAAAAAUCACACUCAUCACUUGGUUUUGAAAUUGCUACUACUUAUAUACCUUCACCACGCGGUUCAGUAUUUCGAAAACAAUCAAGCCUUACAAAUAUUGAAAACAUGACUAUUCAUGUGAAAACACCAAAUGAACGAAAAUUAAAUGACAUGCAGUAUACUUCAGAGCGAAUAUCUAAUGCAAAGAAGGUUAAUAAAGAUUAUUCCCCACCAAAAAUUUUAUUAAAUAAUACGUCUUCAGAAUCUUCAAGAUCAACGCAGAAAUUAGAUAGUUUGAAAGAUUCUCUAAAAUAUUCCUCUGUCAACAAAGAAAAUGAAUCAAGUUUAACAAUCGAGAAAGAAUCAAAAAUUUCUAUUUCACCCAUGAAUCGUCCACAGAUUUCCAGUAAACAUAUUCUGUCUACAGGUGGAGACCGAAGAGUCGACAGUAAAAGUAGUGGAUCAUUUACUUUGCAAUUCAUAAUGAGUUCACCAGAAAGUGUACAAAAAGGCUGGAUAAAUGAAAAUAUACUAACUAGUUUUAUGAACACAAUAGAAUGGGCAUGUUCACGCUUGACAAUCGCUUUGAAGAAAUAUGAAGUAUCUUGUAAUUAUGAAAAACUACAAUUUCCUCGUUAUUGUCAACCACAGUAUAUCCUUUAUUCCAGUUUGAUAAACCUCAAACAUUUUAACUUUAUUUCAAGAAAUCCACUAAGUGUUUGCACAAUGAAUUCCUAUACAGAAAUGAAUAACCAUGCCAAAGAUGGUAAUGAUAAUGACAACAAUGAAAUUUACGACAGUACUGUUAACAGUAAUACGUCAGUAGAUUGUCAAUUUUCUGAUAAUAAAAUUGUCCUUACUGUUUAA